AUGAGUCAAGUCCUUUUCAAGGCUCCAAAGGUGUUGAGCCGCUGUCAGAUCCGGCCUCUAUCGACCCAAAUCGGAAAACUAACGAGCCAUCCGACAUCCAUCCGUCCAUCGAGAGAUGAGAUCAAGCAUGAACGCCUUUCCGAUCAGAAUCUAGAGGUCGCAAUACGUAGCCUGCAUCAUGAUGGGCUGGUGGUUAUUGAAAAUGUUAUCCCCCAUGACUGCCUCGACCAUCUCAACAAAAGGAUGGUUGAAGAUGCCUAUUAUCUUCAGUCAAAGAAAGAAAACAGUCCUUUCAAUUACAACCCGGGGAAUAUCCAACAAGAUGCUCCUCCAGUAAGGGAGUAUUUCGAGCGCAGUAUUUUCAUGAACCCCAUCGCCACUCAAAUCACCUCAACAGCACUAGGACCCCGUCCAAAAUGGACGUUCUGCUCGGGCAAUACUGCAAUGCCUCCAACGGCAGAGAACCCUCCAAAGUCCCAGCCUGUCCAUUCAGACGCAGACUUCGCUCACCCGUCUCAUCCUUUUGCACAUGUGAUAAAUGUUCCCCUCAUAACCAUGACCCCGGAGAAUGGUUCUACUGAGGUGUGGCUAGGAACACACAGUGACACGGGUCUACAUGUUCAAGAAGGGGAACACGGCGAGCGUGCCAGUGGUCGUAUUAAGCCCGAUGAGCUAGAGAAGCGUCGUCUACACCGCCCGCCAUGUCAACCCGUGGUGCCAAAGGGGGCUCUGGUCGUUAGAGACCUUCGUCUUUGGCAUGCUGGAGUUGGGAAUCAGACCGAGGACCCCCCGAGUCAUGUUGGCGAUGAGAACCCUAUGAAACUCGAAUUUGCGGACGAUCUGAAACCUGUCAUUGAGAGCCAGACCGACCUGGAUGUUCCCGUGGACUGGGUGAGCAAGUCGACGGCACUUUCGCGGUAUCUGAACCGGGGCUUUGGAAAUGCCUAUGACUUUAACCAGUACCCUUAA